AUGGAAAUCUUAAAAGCUUGUCAUGACUCUCCCGUGGGGGGUCUUCAUAGUGGGAACUACAUCGUGGCAAAAGUUCUUGAAUGUGGCUAUUUUUGGCCCACCCUUUAUCAUGAUGCAAAUUUGUUGGUGAAAUCUUGUGACCAAGGUCAACGCCAAGGGUCAAUUGGGAGAAAGCAUGAAAUGCCGAUAAACUUUUUCAUGGAGGUUAAACUCUUUUAUGUGUGGGGCAUCAACUUUAUGGGCCCAUUUGUGAGUUCUCGUGGUAUGCAGUACAUCCUUGUUCUGGUUGACUAUGUGUUCAAGUGGGUUGAGGCGAUAGCAUUUCCCAACAAUGACGGAAAGAGUGUCACAAAUUGUCUCAAAAAGAACAUAUUCACAAGGUUUGACACUCCUAGGGCAAUCAUUAGUGAUGGUGGCACUCACUUUUGA